UGACCUUUCACAUUUACGAAAUUUGGCGGGUAACUGCAGCGAGAAGAUCUGAAGAACUUGUGACAGAAGAGAUCAAUAGAGCCAUGAUUGGAGGUGACAGCAUUCUAACACCUUCCCUGGAACAUACUCUACCUAGCACCAUUCUACUAGGCCAUAAGAAGAAGCAAUUCAAGGUAGCUGUGGAAGGGAACAUCGCAAGCGGCAAAUCCACUCUAUUGAGCAAACUGCAGCUCAUGAACUCAGUCGAGGUUUUGGUCGAGCCUGUUGACAAAUGGCAGAAUCUAGCUGGUGGAAAUUUAAUUGGCCGCAUGUACGAGGAUGCUGAGCGCUGGGGCUACCUGUUCCAGUCCUACGUCCUCCUCACCAUGAUGGAAGUGCAUCACAAGACAGUGAACUCACCCAUCAUGAUGCUGGAGCGCAGUGUGUACAGUGCCAGGCACUGCUUUGUAGAGAACCUGCACAACAAUGGGAUUCUCAAUGACAUGGAGUUUUCAUGUUACUGCCAGUGGUUUGACCACCUCGUACAACAGAACCCACCAAAGUUGGACCUUAUUGUGUAUCUACGAUCCUCCCCCGAGGUGUGCUAUCAAAGACUGCAAGAGAGGGGGAGGAAAGAAGAGAAACCAGUCACCUUGGAAUAUCUCCAAAGCUUACAUGAUCGCUAUGAGGAUUGGCUGGGAAAUGAAAAGCAUCACUGUUGGCAUGGAAACACGCCUGUUUUGGUGAUUGAUGCCAAUGAAGACUCCAGGAAGAAUGCUCACGUCUUUGCAAAGCAGUGUUCAAGCAUUCUGGAGAAACUGGACUAUAGUCAAGAGAGCAGAACACUGAUAAGAUAGCCUCAUUUACUGUUCCUUUGUGUCAUGUCAGUAGAUCUGCAUGUAUUUUUUAGAAGCGCAUAUUCACUCUUCUAGCUCUUGUUUUUGUUUUUAGUUUAUGACGACCCUGUAUCGGUGUACACUAUUUCUAAUUUUAAUGAUC